UCAAAAUGGCUAUAACUGAAUCCCCUGUGAUAAAGAGUUCUAUAGUGAAAGAGGUCCCGGCCGGAGGCACCGCUGUGCUGACGUGCAACAGCAAUGAUUUCAACCACAAUUUUAUGUUUUGGCUGUUUGGCAAAGACAAGGUGAUUGGCCCUGACAAUCAUUAUGAUGAAAGAAAGUACAAGUAUGAAGUGCUAUCUGGAAAACUUCACAUUGAUAAUGUUACUCCAGCCGAGUCUGGUUAUUACAAAUGCAUCUCGAAGAAGCUUGAUGGCUCAGGGAUUGCAGUCGGGCAGGUUGAGAUGAUUGUCUCUGGUUCUACAUUCUCCACCAUCGAGGCUGUGAAGCUGAUUGCUAUUGUUGUGUCCAUCAUUGUGCUGAUCAGCUGUGCUGUGCUGUACUGGAGACUGAGGAAGGACUGGAACAAAUAUGAUGGCCGUGCUAUUGUACCAGUUGAUGACAUGGAAGAAGAUGAUGGGGAUGAGGUGUAUAACCCAACCACAGUGACUUCUAAACACCAACCGGUGGCCGGGCCCAGCCGAGGACCAAGUAGAAACCCAUCAUCGGAGCAUCUCCUCUACGGCAUAGAUAAUCAGGGCUUGGAUACAGACUUCAACUCCGUGUUUGAAAAUAUUCAAAUUAAAUCACCACAUGCCAGUUUAAUAUAAUUUAUUCCGCUUAAAAUAUAAUUUUGUAUUUGACAAUCACAAAGUAACAGUAAGGUAGAUUGACAGAUUCAAUGGAGUUUACUAAUAUAUUGUUGAAAUCAUUUCUGUUUCAUGUUGAUUGGUAAAUGCUACUGUAAAUUGUUAUAGGUAGGUAAGAAAAAUUUAAUUAUAUCAGCAACUUAAGAAUAUUA